CCUCGCUACUCUCAGCUCCGCCCCCAGUGAGUCAGGCCACGGGCCGGCUGUAAGCGCAAGUGACUCGUUUCCUCUUCAUAACACAGGAGCCGCAGUGACAGGCCUGAGCUGUUACCCUGCGUUCCCGGAGCGACCCCGCCGUACCUGAGACCUUCUGAGCCAACACUUCCCUCGUUCCCUACCCGCCGUUCUGCUGCUUCCCUUCCCUCCCAUGGCGCUGAAAAGAAUACAGAAAGAAUUAACAGAUUUGCAGCGGGACCCUCCAGCCCAGUGCUCAGCAGGACCAGUAGGAGAUGAUAUGUUUCACUGGCAGGCCACAAUUAUGGGACCACCUGACAGUCCAUAUCAAGGUGGAGUCUUCUUUCUCACAAUUCAGUUCCCAACAGACUAUCCAUUCAAACCACCAAAGGUUGCAUUUACAACAAAAAUAUACCAUCCUAACAUAAACAGCAAUGGAAGUAUUUGUCUUGACAUUCUGCGAUCACAGUGGUCUCCAGCAUUGACUGUUUCAAAAGUUUUGUUGUCCAUAUGCUCCUUACUCUGUGACCCAAACCCAGAUGACCCUUUAGUACCAGACAUUGCACAGACCUACAAGACAGACAAGGAUAAGUACAACAGAAUAGCAAGAGAAUGGACUCAGAAAUAUGCAAUGUAAACUUGUGAAACUAUAAUUUCGUAUAAUCAUGUACUGUAAAUUCUAGUUUUUGUUUUUUUGGGUUGGGUUUUUUUUUUUUUCUUUUCCGAAGAUGACAAACUGGGCACAGCUUUCUGUUCAGAGACCAAUAAAUCACAUAUAAGUUUUUGAUUUUUAGACCUCUAAGUACUUCAAAGUAGAAUUCCAAAAGAGCCGAGAU